GAUAGCCGCCGCACUUCGACCAACCAGCAUGAGUACGGCAAGCGUGUUGCUCGCUGUGUCCACAGCAGCCCCAUGGGGGUCGGAACACUGCGAGAAGGAUGUGACGAGAGGAGUGAGGAAUACCGCUGCGGUGGCCGCGGGAGAACUUCGCGAGACACCAGCGACUAGGGAACAAGCGCUGCAAAUAAUGCGGGACUGGAUUCAGAAGAACCCAGAUAUUCGAAACGUUAGGCUUGACGACACGUUCUUACUGCGGUUCUUAAGGCAUAAGAAGUUCAGUGUGCCGAUGGCUCAGCAGACACUGCUUAAAUAUUUGAAUCUGCGAAAGUUCUAUAAGAAUUGUAUGACUAACCUGGACUGCGAAGAUUCUAAUCUAAAAGAGAUUUUAAACGACGGGUACAUAGCCGUUUCACCAGUGAGAGACGAAAAUGGCCGCCGAGUUAUCGUAUAUAAUAUGAGUAAAUUCAACGCGAACAAAUAUUCGUGCUGGGACAUGGUCCGAGCGCAUGUCAUCAUUUACGAGACCUUGAUGGAAGACCAGGUGGACCAAGUGCAUGGGUUCGUGCAUGUUGGGGACGGUAUGGGGUCCAGUAAAACACACGUCACCGCGUGGAAUCCAGUGGACUUCGCAAGGCUUAUGAAAUGGGGAGAGCAAUCGUUCCCGAUGCGGCACAAAGGUUUGCAGCUGUUCAACGUACCAGCAGCACUCAAGUAUAUAAUUGACUUUGCCGCCAGCAAGACUUCUCCCAAAAUCAGCGAAAGAUUACGCCUCCAUCCGACGAGUAAAACUCUUGGCAGGGAGAUUGACUUAUCGUGUCUGCCAUGUGAGUUCGGUGGUAAGAUUCCGCUGAAAGAAAUGGUCGAAUUCACUCAUAAACUUUUGUUGGAGAAGAGACAAGUACUGCUGGAUCUAGACGGGAUGGAGAUCUUGAGCACGAAAGGGAUAAUAUCAUCGAGAAAUAACUCGAAAGGCACCAACUUUAUUGAGGGUAGUUUCAGAAAACUGGAGAUAGAUUAG